GCUUUCCCCCUGCUCAUUACCAUCCCCGGCGUGGAGGCGCGGGCACGAUCUCGCAGGCUGUCCCCGCCAGCUAAUUGCUCAGGAAAUCCGCGUUACCCAUUGUGGGGCUGUCCUUAAGCUGCUAAUUCUGAACUGGGAGCUGCCUUGGCUGGGCAAUGCUCUGGAAGGGAAUACAGCCCCGCGAGAGGGACCCAGCAGAGACCCGGGCGCGGGGCGGGCUCAGGCACUAAUAAUACAUCCCUACCCAAUGGAAAGCGUUUCCUAUCAAGACCCCCAAGAGUUCCCCCAGCCCACAGACCCUGCCCAGACAUUGGGCCCAUUCUUGUGUCCCGUUUCCCAAGACAUGAUGGCUGCAGCGUUCAGCAGUUUUCUUUCCUCUCCGAACAAAGGAAGGCAGGCAAACAACUACCAGUCGCUUUAGAUUUUAAAGAUGAACGGGUAAACUUUUAGAAAGUCGAGCGCGCAGAUCUUCCGCGUGGGACUAACUCGGCUUGCAUUCCACGCACACAAAAAGGAUAAAUGUGGGCUGUCAGGGAGGAAUCGGGCUGAAAUCUGCCGAGCCGUGGGCAUGAUCUCAGCCCCGGCUGCUCUGCCGUGUACACGGAGGACAGGGGAUAUCUCUACAAUAAAAGGCAAAUAGAAGUAAACCCUGUCAGCUACUCUGCUGAACCCCACUUCAUAACUCUGAGAAUAACAGGGUUAAAUGAGUAAGCAACAGCUGCUGAUGAAAGGAUUCGUGACGGAGAUGUGGUAGCAAGGUGUCAAGCAACCUUCCUGGAAUGUGUUUCUUCAGGAAGAGAAGAGAUCACUGCCUUAUUUUAUGGAUGUCACUGAAGUAGACUUUGAAGUUCUUUGGAAGCACAUCACAAACUUGGCAUGGGAAACCACAGCAACAAUCAUACCUGUUUGAUAGAUGAUUCCUUUAAGUAUAACUUGUAUGGAGCCGUGUACAGCGUGGUCUUCAUCCUUGGUUUGAUUACUAACUGUGCCUCCCUCUUUGUUUUCUGCUUUCGGAUGAAAAUGCGAAGUGAAACAGCCAUUUUCAUGACAAACCUGGCUGUUUCAGAUUUGCUUUUUGUGUUCACUUUGCCUUUUAAAAUUUUUUAUAAUUUCAACAGGCACUGGCCUUUUGGAGAUAGCCUGUGCAAGAUUUCUGGUACAGCAUUUCUCACUAACAUCUACGGGAGCAUGCUGUUCCUCACCUGCAUUAGUGUUGACCGUUUCCUUGCUAUCGUCUAUCCAUUCCGAUCUCGCACCAUUAGGACCAGGAGAAAUUCUGCCAUAGUCUGUGCUGGUGUUUGGAUACUGGUCCUCAGCGGUGGAAUUUCAGCUUCAUUGUUCUCCACAACCAACAUUUCCAACACCAGCACAACCUGUUUUGAAGGUUUUUCCAAACGUAUCUGGAAAACCUAUCUGUCUAAGAUCACUAUAUUUAUUGAAGUGGCAGGUUUCAUAAUUCCUUUGCUACUCAACCUUACGUGCUCUUCUUUAGUUCUCAGGACUCUCCGGAAACCUGCCACCUUGUCUCAGAUCGGGACAAACAAAGAGAAAGUAUUGAAAAUGAUCAUUGUGCAUGUGGCCAUUUUUGUCGUGUGCUUCGUGCCUUACAAUUCCAUACUCUUCUUGUAUGCUCUGGUGCGGUCCCAAGCAAUAGCAAAUUGCUCCUUGGAGAGGUUUGCGAGGACAAUGUACCCAAUCACAUUGUGCAUUGCAACAAUGAACUGCUGCUUUGACCCUUUCAUCUAUUACUUUACAUCAGAAUCCUUCCAGAAGUCUUUCAAUAUAAAAACCCAGAUAAAAAUGGAUUCUCUUUUCAAGACUGAGACACCUCUAACAAAGACUGCACUACCAGCACCACAGGAUGAAAUAAGUGACCAGGCUAUUACAAAUGGAGGAGACCCAACAUCUGAAUCGCAUUUCUAGUGAGAUGUUUACACAUGGAGUUAUCCCCCAUUAACUUCUGAUUAACACCAUGUGUGAAAUUGUUGUUUCAGAAUAUGUGGGUUCAUACAUGGUGUUAAUGAAGAAAAGAUGCUGGGGCAUAACUACACAGGUAGACAAAUCCUUACACUGGGAUGGUCCCAUCAGAUGCAACAGGUGAACAUGAAAUAUAAAAACCCCAAUGGAUCUCCCUUUGGAGAUUAUGGAUAGGUAACAAUGUAUGCGCCAACUAAGGAGGGAACAGAACAGCUUCUUUAGUCAGAAUGUGCCAACAUUUGGCAUUUUUUUCCCCCAACAGUUGACAUGGGACCGGUUGGGAAAUAGAAAAUUUAAUUUUCUUAGAGAUAUCUGUCAAUAUUUCAUGUCUUUGGGAAAUGCAUCAUCAUAUGUUAACUCAAUAACUUCACACAAUAUGUAUGUUUGCUUAAAAAGACAUAAUAAAAGCUUUUGGCUUUUCCUUA